UAAAAUGGAGGGCUGUGCUAAGAGGCUAUCUGGGCGAAUCUAGAUGUGGCUUGGAAAUUGUUAUUUAUAUCGAAGGUACACAGAUUGACAAGUGGAAUGACACUUUUCACGACUUGAAAAUUUGACUUUGGUAGCAAUCGGCUCAUUGUUUGUAGAGUAUUGUUAUCUAUGGACAUCAGUAUGAACCCAGUGGAUGACAGUGUUACAGAAGAUAAUUCAGAGGAACAGCAGAGCCAGACAGAUGGGGCAGAGUUGACUGUUAGGCCGACUCUGUCACAGGUCAAAAAGUCGUGGGGCUUCAGGCGUUCAACCAUUGCUAGAAGGGAGUUCAUGGAAGAAGUUGGAGACCUAACACACAGCCCUCCACUUGUACGGAGAGUCAGAAGUCGUCGAACUAACCAGAUGCCCCAGACCACAGAAGCCCCCACUACCCAGAGAGCCACUCGUGCUGCUAGGAGUGUUAUAGAUGACCUCGAGUGGUCUGCCCCAUCCUCACCUGUAUCAGAGGGGAGCAAGCCAGCCUCAGAAGCAUCUGCAGGAGGGAGUCUUGACCCCAGUUUAUGGCAAGAUUUUGGGUCUGCCUUCCACACUGCCUUUUCACUGCUCGGUGGGAGUGAGGGCAUGUCAGUGGACAUGCCAGGUGCCCUGGCGACCCCUGACAUUUUGGAAGCUACUCAUGCCAUCGAGGCCCUUUGUCCACAGGUUAUAGAUGAUACUGAGGUGCCUGAUAACUUGGAAGCUGCUGAUGACAUGGACAUUUUGCCGGUGGUUGCUUCUGAAACUGUGGCGGGAGGAGAAAUAGAUGAUGUAGUGUUGAUCUCUAGUCAAGAAGAGGACAGCGAUGAAAUGACUUUGAUACAGAUUAAGGAGCAGCUGGUGGCUAAAGGCAAGCAGGGAGACACGACAACUAGAGGGGGGAAAGGUGGAAGAGGAAAGGCCAGAGGAAGGGGGAGAGGCAGAGGAAGAGGUAGGCGAAAAGGCAGAGGAAGGGGCAGGGCUGUGGAGAUUCAGUCGAGUAUUGCAGAUGAUGAGGACAGUGAUGAGGAGGUGAUGCUUGUUAAUUCAGAAAAACAGCUGCAGGGAAAAGAGGAUGAUCCACACACCCCAGCUGCAAGAGAGAUAUCAUCUCCUCACUCCAAUGUCACCCUGAGUCCUGCUCAGCAAUCAAGCUCAGACUGUGUAAUCAUAGAUUCUGAUUUAGACCAGAUUCCUGACAUAACUCCUGGCCAGUGUGAUGAUGCACCAGAGAAAGAGGAGAAGAAAGACGAUAAGAAUGCAGGAGGAUAUUCAAGCAUUUCAGACACUGAGGGUUAUGAUUCUGAUGCUCUGUACUGCAUCUGCAGACAGAAACACAGUAAAAGGUUCAUGAUCUGUUGUGACAGUUGCCAGGAGUGGUUCCAUGGUGACUGCGUUGGUAUCAGUGAGACACUGGGCCAUAAGAUGGAGAAGAAAGGGCAAGAGUACAUAUGCCCCCCCUGCACUACCAAGAAGCAACUUCAGUCUGAGCCCCAGCCUCAACCAGAGCCUGCGCUUAGCUUUCCUGAAAGCUUGAUACUAAGUCCUCCUGGUGAAGAAGGGGUGGAGCAUGAGGACCAGCAAGCCCUCAAGGAGACUGUGGAGGUGCAGGCGACUCCUGUGGUGAGGCCUGAACCUGAAGCUGAGAUGGAGAGAGACAGCUCUCUUUUCCUGUGCCUUGACCAGGUUGCUCCAAACAAGCUCUACCGGUCUGUUUACUGUGGCACUGACUGCAUCCUUCAGCAUGCUGCUGUCACUAUGAAGACUCUCUCUGACCCCAAGGUGUCCAAGUCCAGAGGACGGGGGCAGAGGAAAUCUGCCACUGCCAGACCUCUCACAAGGGGUCAGAGGUCGAGUAGGGUGUCUAAGAGGUUAGCAGCAAAAGCUGAGGAAGAAAGUGAAGAGAAGGAGGAGGAUGAUGGAGAGCCUAAGGAGGCUGCAUCUCCCUUAUCCUGCGACCCCAGUCUCACAGAAGUUGAGGCCCCUUCCAUACCAUCACCUAAGUUUUACACAGCGUCUAAGCAGAACAGUAAAGAGACGAAGGCUGGCAGUGAGGCUGUAACUCCUGAAACACAGUCUCCAGAAGACACAUCUAGAGAUGAUGCUCCCUCUUCUGAACCUGUCACUGAAACAGCCCCACCACAAACAGACUCUACAAAAAAAGCAAAGGAGCCAGAAAACAGUGGUGUGUCUAAGCAACAAUCCGCAGAGUCAGAUCCCGCAAUAACACCCACCCCAGCAAAAUCUAGUCUGUCUCCAGCUGCACAGUCCCCAUCCAACUCAGCCCCUAGACAUCAUGAAACUGGGGCCCUUAUGGUUGCUAAGACCACAUAUGUCAUACCAAAGAAGCAGUCUGGAUCUCAGUCCCCUUCCAGCAGCCACUUGUCAGCCUCUGUGUCAUGCCAGAAGCCUUCUUCAGCCCCUACGCUGCUGAAUGAAACCCGAAAUCUCCUGGUGCCUCCGGCACCCAGUGCUCCCUCAUCUAGACCCUCACAGCCUAAUAAUCAGGUCAGACAGAGUAUCCAGCGCACCCUCAUCAGCAUCCUGUCCAAAAGGGUGUGUGACUGUGAGGAUUUGGAGAUGUCUGAGAGUGAAGCUGCAAAGCUUGUUGCGAGCAUCGAGAUGGAGAUGUUUGACGUAUUUCGCAAUACAGACAGCAAAUACAUGAACAAGUACAGAACUAUAAUGUUCAACCUAAAAGACCCAAGAAACAAGGGUUUGUUGUAUCGGGUUGUACGUGGGGAGAUCAGUCCCUUCAGACUGGUCAGGAUGAGCCAGAAGGAUAUGCAGGCUAUCAAGGCACCAGAGCCAAGUGCAAAAGAAACAGAGAGCAAGGAUGCUGCUACUAAAGCAACAAGUUUGCUGCAGAAGCCUGAGGCAGUGAAGGUUGAUUUGGCCAGUUUGAGACCUGACAGAAAACCUGACAGAAGACCUGAUAGAACGGUUGCUUCCCAGGAACAAAAGAAAAGUUUUCCUGCACCUGCCCUCAAGACCAGAACAUACCAGCCAAGUAAGGGCAGCACUACACCAGAUAUUCUCACCUGUAUGCUUAAGGACACAACAUCAGAGCAUAAAGCUCACCUCUUUGAUCUGAAAUGCAAGAUAUGCACAGGCCAGAUACUAGCUGGGGAAGAGGGGGAGCCAGCUAAGAAAAAACCCAGGGUCUCUGAAACAAGAGAUAAGAAUGAGCCCUCUUGGAGAAAGUCAGCAGGAGAUGACUCCCCUCUGCAGGCACCACCUGACUCACAUGACAUGGAUUCUUUGACAUCUUCCCUGCUGGAUCCUCCAUCCCGCCUUCUUAUUGAUUCUCCAGCACGGACUAUAGUAGAAUCUCCUGCUUCCCCCACAAUGGAUUCCCCAGCCUCCCCUACUUUAGAGUCUCCUGCUUCCCCUGUCAUGGAGUGUGUGGCAUCACCAAAUCCAGACAAUCCUAAAGUUGCUACAUCAAAGAGAGCAUAUACACCGGUUGUGAUUCCAACUGUCUCCACUGUGACUAUCACUAGACAUGACCCUCGCACUGCUGCAAACAGGUUCUCUGCUUUGUUUAGUAGUACCUCUGGUCCCAGUAACACAACUCAUAACCAGUCAGACCCUUAUGCCCCUCUUAAAGAGGCAAGCUCUGCCCCGCCUUCAGCACCAGCAUCCUCACUACCACCAGUGAAAACUAUACCUAAAUCUAUCUUAAUGAAGCCAUCUUCCUCUGCAGAUCCCAGACUCUAUUGCACAUCUGCUAGGACCAUGAUCUCUGAAUCCCCAGCUGAUGGUGAGACUGCUCAGUUCCUGGCUAAGCAAGACACUGUAUGGAAAGGCUUUCUAAACAUGCUCACUGUUGCCAAGUUUGUCACCAAGGGAUAUCUGGUUUCAGGAUCUGCUGAAAACCUUAAAGCGGAUCUACCUGAUACCAUACAAAUUGGAGGGCGCAUUAUGCCUGAAACAGUCUGGGACUAUGUUGCAAAACUAAAGACCUCUAUUACAAAGGAGUUAUGUGUGAUACGGUUUCACCCUGCAACAGAGGAGGAAGAGGUGGCCUACGUCUCCCUAUUUUCCUAUUUUAGCAGUAGAGGUCGUUUUGGUGUGGUCGCCAAUAACAGCCGUUCUAUCAAAGAUGUAUACCUUGUCCCACUCAGUGCAACGGAAUCAAUCCCAUCCAUACUGCAACCUCUUGAAGGACCAGGGCUUGAAAAAAACCGACCCAACCUUCUUCUGGGUCUUGCAAUCAUCCAGAAGGUAAAACGUCCAGGGAGUUUUCCUCAGGAAAUUGAAGAGAAGAGACCUAAUGUCCACAUGUCCAAGGACCCUAUGUGGAUCCCAAAACCUCCGGUCCUUUAUGGCUCUGAUAAAUUGGAGAUUUUCCAACCCUAUGAUCCAGAGACCCCUGCUAGUACCACCCCUCCAGGUUCACCAUCGUGUCCUGGGUCACCAUCAGACUCUUCCUCUUCUGGUUCAGUUACCAUACCAUCUCUUUUGACUUCCAUUAGAGCAACCCCUCCUGUUUCUACCUCAGCUGUUGCUACUACCACACAGUCCACUUCUAACAGCAUUUCUGACAAUAACACACCAUUACAGACCAUCUUGAGGACUUUGUUUGGCAAUAAGCAAACUGACUCCACGGUCGCUUCUGACCAAAGCUCUACAACAACAACAACCAUAAGUGAUAAGAAGAUACCUGUGUCACAGGUGUCUGGAUCAAUGGUGGAUCCAAUUGUCCAACAGUAUGGACAGAAAUCCAAAGUCAAAGAGAUAGAAGAAGAGGAGAAUGAAUUUGACCGACCAUAUGACCCAGAGGAGGAGUAUGAUCCAGCAAUGGGAUAUGGAAUGAUUGCUCCACAGAACACAGAAAAAAUUAAGGCAGAUGGCCCUGUAUUAUCAGGCUUUGUGGAUGAUGAUGUGGCUUAUGAUCCAGAGGAUGAGACUAUCUUCGAAGAUAUUCAAAGUAAUACUUUUGUUACAAAGCCCCCUGUUCCAACUCAAAUGUCAGAUUCUCCAUCAUGCUCAGCACCACUUUCCAACCAGGUUGUAACACCAAAUGCCUCUUCCACUCCAAUGCAGACUUCUACCCCAGCUGCAGUAAUGCCGAACAUUCCUACAGGCACUGUGGUUGUUUCAGCUGCAACACUGACAGAACAACAGCGCAUGCUUGAGGAGCUCAAUAAGCAGAUUGAAGAGCAAAAACGGCAGUUGAAAGAACAGGAAGAAGCACUACGUCAACAGAAAGAGGCUGUGGGUAUGUUCAUGGCUCGCUUUUCUGUUUCGGAUUCCCUGAUGUCUCCUCCAUCAAACUCUUUGGCCCUCAGUCAAAUGUCAUCUCUGCAGGGUGGCAUAAUGCAAAUAGAAUCAGGGUCUUCAGAAUCAACUGAAAAGACCAGCAUCCCUACAGCGACUUUGGACAAAGCAAAUGAGGACUCUCAACCUGUAGAGUUAGAAGACACAACUACCAUUUCUAAUUUUAAAAAUGACACAGAUACAGCUACAGAGCAAGAUGAAACACAGGAAAAUGUUAAGGAAAGUGACAAGUAUUCCUCGGCUGGGGAGAUUGAAGAUUCUGAUGUAGCAUAUGAUCCAGAGGAUGAAUCACUUUUUAAUGAAAUUCAAGAGGAUGUUUUUCAAGGAGGCAAUAUAACAACUCAUGAGUCAUCUUUGUCUAGGCCAGGGCAUAGUGUCUCCUGCAAGGGUUCUCCAAGUUCAUGCCACAACCGAAAGCGAAGGCUGUCGCCAAAGAGGCGGGGUCAUCAUGAAAGGGGCCGCCAUAGAAGUCCUUCAAGAAGGUCACAACGUCGUUCUCCUUCACAUUCCCGUAGACGUAGAGAAAGGGAUAGAAACAGAAAAGGUGAAAGGGACAGGUCGAGGCACAGAGGUAGAGAUGAGUCUGAACGCCAGUCUCGCCAUAGGAAAGAACAUGCUACACGCCGUCAUUCUCAUGGGCAUAGAAGAUCUUCUUCAUCCCCUAGAAAAAAAGAUUCUGUCCCCCUUUCAUCAAAACAGCACAGAGGGCCUUCUCCACAAAUCCUAGAGAAGUCAAAACAUGCAAGUGUUUUGUGUAGUGCUCCAGACCCCAUUAUUGGGCAAUUUGUAGAGAGUAACACAUCACCAUCUACCCCAGUUAAUAUUAAAAAUGACCCUGAUGAACAUCUGCUAAAAUGUAAUAUUGUUGAGUGCUCUGAUAAAGAUCUUUCUCCCUGUUCACAAAAACGUCUUGACAGUGUGAAGCUUGAGAUUUCAGAACCACCAGAAUCCCAUGAGCUUCAAAAAAAUUCAGUCAGUGACCAUGAUGGUGGUGAUGGGUCUUUUAAACAAUUGGAUAAACCCUCUCAGGAAACAUUUCUUAACAACAAAAUUGAAAGCACAGUUCCUCUAAGGGAAAUUGAUCCGCCCAUUCGAGAUUCCCCUCAGAGCCCCGAUCCAGAGCCACCAUUCAUAAAACCUAUCAACAGAGAAAAGAUUGACCCUGUUAACACAGAGGAGAUUAGAGAUCCUAAGACACAUCCCAAUGUCUCAGUGCCAUUUGUUAAAAUUGAAAAUAAUUGUUUGUCUAUCGGUGAACAAGAAACAGUGUCCAAUAUACCAUGGGCUACUGUUGGAAGUCUAUUACCAGAUGUUAGAAAAUCGGAUUUUAUAUCCCUAAAUCAACAGGGCCCAGUUUUCAGAGACCAAGGCGUGAUAGAGGCAGACAAACAGAGAAAAGGGGAAAGUUCAGUCUUAAAGCAUCCAGAAAUGAUGGGUGAAGGGGGCAGACAUCCAAAGUCAGCUGCAGGCUUGGAUGUUCAGGGUUCAGAACCUGAAAUAGACCCUGUGACCAAGCUUCCAGGGCCUAUUAUGAGUGGUACAGGUAUUAGGAAUCCAGGACCAGAUAUGAAAGAGCCUGGAUUUAGGGGACCACAGAUAGACCAAAGACCAGCAGGUUUUAGUUUCCCAGGACCAGAAAUGAGAAAUUCAGGCAUACAAGGUAUGAGCCCCAAUAUUUGGGGUCCUAGACCACACAUACAAAGCUCAGGGACUGGUAUGCACUGUUCAGAGCCAAACAUGAGAGACCCAGGUAUUCAGAAUCUCAAGACUGGUAGAAUUGGUGUAGAGCCAGUCAUAAGAGGUUCAGGGAUGAGGAAUCCACUAGAACAUAUGGAAAGUUCUAGUAUGCAAGGCAUGCACCUAGAAGUUCAGGGUCCAGUCCUUGAUAUGAGAAACAAUGAACCAGACAUUGGAGGGCAAAAGUUAAUAUCUGUUACAAACUUUCAUAUGGGGGAAUCAUGCCUACAGAGUGAGAUGAGAGAUCCAGUCAUGAAGGCCCCUUUGUUAGAUAGAUCUGGGCUUGAUAUCAGUGGCUCAGGGCCAAGGGGUCCUUUAUUAACCAUGUAUCAUUCAAAUCCAGAUAUCAGUGGGCUGACUGUAGUUGAUGAGAGAAAAAGUCAAGAAGAUAAAGAUCAUUGGAAAAGGGGUUUUCAGCCACAUGGAAGAAAUUCAAACUUUAGCGAAGUGGGUACUGGUCGGGAAAGGAGUUUAGAGUCAAAUGCACCCACAGGUUUGGAAGCUAGGCCACUAUCUUCAGUAACAACAGAUGAAGGGCAAGACCCACAAAGAGGGGUACCCAUAAGAGGACCAAGGCCAAACACAAAUUAUGAAAGUGGUAAAUUUAACAGGCCCUGCAUUGAACAAGAGAUUGGUGGGUCUAGAGAACAUUUCAGGCAGCCACAAACAGAUACUGGGGCUGAAAGGAGUGUGCAGGGCCCUGGCAUGAGAGGAUCAGAAACUAUGCAUGAAUUAAGAUGGCCAGAUAUGACAGGAAGAAGCUAUAUGGGGCUUGGUCAAGAUAUGGAUAGUAUGGAUGACUCAAAUACAAGGGGUGAUAGAAGUGAGUUAAAUACAAGGGCUUCAGGAAAAGACAUUGGAGAUACAGGUCUCUGUAGUGGGGAUGCAAACAUACGGGUAAGAACUACACCAGGUCCAGGGCUAUUUAGAAGAAAUGAGCAAAUGGGUCAAGAAGACAGAGGGCCCAUGCCAAACAUUACAAAUUUAGACUGGAGAAGUCCAGGUGUUGGUCAUGAUAUGUGCGGUCAGAGAGGAUCAGGUCCAGUCAGAGGAAAACCAUUUAUACAAAAUGAAUGGAGUGAUAAUCAGCCUGAAAGGAGAGGUCCAAAUAUAGAGAGCCAGGGACCUGACAGAGGUCCAGGGGGUUCAGAUUUCCUGCCACUAGGACCUCAGAGGGGAGGACCUGAUAUGGAUGUUCCAAAGUAUGAAUGGACAGGAUCAGGAGGUCCAGUUUUCAAAAGACCAGAGAAUGAACAGAGUGUUUCUAUGGACAAUUCAGGACCUGGAAUGAGAGGACCAGGGGUUGAAAGGAGAGGGCAAGCUGUAGAGGGUCCUGUGACUAACAGGGUAGGACCUGGGGCCUCACCUUUCAGAGGGCCAGGACCUGACAGGAAAGGGCCAGUUAUGGAAGGUCAAGGACCUGACAUGAGAGUAUCAGCAGGACCAGAUUUCAGGGCGUCAUGGCCUGAAAGGAGAGGUCUUGAAAUGGUUGAUCCAGGGCCUGACAGGAGAGAACGAGAUGGUCCAGAUUUCAGGGAACCAGGGCCCAAAAGCAGAGGAAUAUCUUUGGAGGGUCCUGGAUCUGACAGGCGAGGACCUGGAGGUUCAGGUUUCAGAGGGUCCAGGCCUGACAGGAGAAAUUUAUCUAUGGAGAGUCCUGGGAGUGACAGGAGAGGACCCGGAGGUCCAGACUUCUGGGGAUCAGGGCCCGGAAGCAGAGACUUACCUAUGGAAGGUCCUGGACACAACAGUAGAGGCUCCGGAGGUCAGGUAUUUAGAGGACCAGCGCCUGAAUUGAGACAUCCUACUAUGGGGGCUGUAGGCCCUGACAGAAGAGGACCAGGAGUUCAUGAUUUCAGUGGACCAGGGCCUGAUAGAAGAGGUGGUCUGGGGCCCAACAGGAGAGAGUCUGGAGUUCCUGACUUUAGUGGGCCAGGAUAUGAAAUGAGAGGUCCCUCUAUGGGAAAUCAAGAGUGUGACAAGAGAGGACCGGGAGGCCUAGAGUUCCGGGUACCAGGGCCAGACAGAAGAGGAUCAGGGUGUUCAGACUUAAGAGGGCCUGGGGGUGAAAGGAGUGGUCCCUCUGUGGAUGAUCAAGGGCCUAGAAAGAGAGGACUAGGGGAUCAAAAUGCUAGUGGACUGUGUCCUGACAGAAGAGGGCCACAUAUGGGGGUUCCUGGGCCUGACUGUAUAGGAAUGGGGCCUGAACGAAUUGCCCAAGAUAUGGAAGGACCAGGGCCUCACAAUAGAGGACAGGGAGCACCACACUUCAGGGGUCCUGGUCCAGAAAGUAGAUAUCCAAAUAUUGAGGGCCCAGGGCCUGACAGAGAACCACUGCUAGAAACACCUUGCUCCUAUGUGGAGGGUCUAGGGCCUAACAGGAGAGGGCCGGGAGGUCCAAACACAAGAAGACCAAAUGGGCCAAAUUUCAUGGGACCUGGGCCAGAAAGAAGACUUCCAGAUAUGGAGGGCCCAGGGAUUGAACAGAGGGGUCCACCCUUCAGAGGAAUGGGGCCUGAUCAAACUGUUAUGGAAGUACAAGCGAAAGGUCCAACAGGUCCAGAUUUUAGAGGACCAAUCUGUGAAAGUAGAGAUCCAGACACUGAGGGCCCCAGGCCUAGCAGACAAGAAUCAAGAGGCACAAACUUCAGGGAACCUGGGCCUGAAAGGAGAGUUACAGAUAUGGAGGGCCCAGGACCUGAUUGGAGGCGAUCUGUUGGUCCAGACUUUAAAGGCCCAGGCAUCAGACAUAAAGGUCAAAAUGCAGAAGAUCUAAGAAAUGACAAAAGAGGUGACUGGGGAGGGGCUGACUUUGGAGGAUCAGAACCUUUCCAAGAAAGUCUAGAUACUGAGUGCCCAAGACCCGAUAGAACAGAUAAAAACUUGAGGCGUCCAUGGCCUAUGAGGAUUAACAGUAGAGGGCCACGGCCAGAAAUGAACAAUCAGGGAGACCGAUGGAAAAGCUCAGACACAGAGGAACAGUGGUCAGAUAGAAGUGGACCCAAUAUGGUGGCUGUAGGAAAUGAAAGAGAAUGUUCAGGAGAUCACUGGAAGAGGCGUGGUAGCAGGGCUCCAAGGCCUAACCAAGAAGGUCCAGAUGAGCAGGGCCAAGAACAUAGUAGGCAAGGUCCUCAUAGUGAAUGGAGAGGCCCUGGAAUUAGGGGGCCGGGUCCUAUACAGGAAAGACCAAAUAUGCUUUUGCCAGCGCAUAUGAGGGGUCCAGGAGAUCAUUUGAAAGGUCUUAGGUGUAGGGGUCCAGGGCCUGUCCAGCAUGAGCCUGAUAUGGUGUCCCCAGGACCUAGAAAUGAAUGGACAGAGCCUGACAGAGCUGGUGUUGGGCCCCACAGAAGGGGACCUGGGCCAUUUUUUAGAGGGGAAAGAAAUCCAGAUAAUAGAGGACAAGGCCAUGAUAGGAGAGGACUAGAUAUUAGAGGAUCAAAUAAGAGAGGGGGCCCAGAUACGGGAAAUGACUGGCAGCAGCCAGACUGUAGGGGAAAUGUGAGAGGGCCAAACAUGGAAGGACCUGGGACUCGUAUGGCAUGUCCAGACUUGAUUAAUUCAUGCCCAAAUGGGAGAGGAUUUGAGAUGGAAGGUCUUGAUCGAAAAGGCCCAGGAGGUUCAGAUUCAGGAUGCCCAGGUCCAGGCAUGAUGGGCCCACAUUUAGUGUCAAGAGGGUCAGAGCCAGCCAUAAAGAAUGGCUUGCAAGGAUCAGAUGUAAGGGGGCAAGGGCAUGUCAACAGAGUGCCAGACAUGAGGAACAGGGAACCAGGGCAGAGAGGGCAAACAAUUAAUAAUGAAAGAAGGGGCCCUGAACUGACAUACUCAGACAAAUCUGCAUCACCUAAUCUCAGUAGUCCACAUCAAGUUACCAGAUUUAAAUUCUCUGGUGAUCCACAUUCAGAACCAUUCAAUAAGCUUCCUGGUCCACCUCCGAACAGUGGAGGAAACUCAUUUCCCGGUUUUGACAACCCACAAAAUCGGCAAGCAGUAAAACCCCAGAGACAUAGAGCUGCCUUACUUCCCACUCCAACAGAAGGUCUCAUUCAAUUCCCAAAUCGUACGAUGGGUCACUCUACUGACAGAGAGUGGAGAAGAGGUAGACCAGUGAGUCGAGGAAGAGGGUUGGUAAAAGGGCAAAGACAGCAGCAGGAGAAACGUCUUGCUGGUAAAAUGAACAUGCCUUUAGAUGCAAGCACAGGGAGUGAAGAAAAAAUGUAAUAGGGCAAUGUAACUGAUAAACGGGAAUUAUGGUGCAUUUGAUACAGCAUAACACAGAGCAAAUGUAUUUUUCCCAAGUGGUUGUCCACGUCUUAUUGAGAUAUCAACAUGAAGUUUCAACAGUCAAAGCCAUGAAAGAUCAGACAUUGUAUCUUGAUAUGGAAAUACUCUGAGGUGUUUUCAGUUCAUUAUGUUGUGGUUUGUCUUGUAUUCAAAGUAAAUGCAUUUAUUUUUAUUACUUGAUUAGGACUAAAUGCCUUGUAGCCUUAACUGAAAUGCACACUGAAUUGUAAAUUCAAAUCUAUGUGCAUUUCUAGUUGGAAAUUGUGAGAAGUAUUUCAUACAGAAACUGUACAGUUUUUUUUCAACAUAGCUAUAGUGUCACUACAGUAGGCUUGAUCUGUUCUGUUCUGUUGAUAAAAGAUGGCUUGUUUCAUUGCUCUUAUAGAAUGGCAAGCAGUCCAUAAAUCAAUAUAACUUUUUAGAUUUGUAUUCUGAUUAUAUUAUUGAGUUAUUAUUUGGAGUAGGACUGUCAAUACCUGUUAUUUUACAAAUUCCACAUUAAAUAAAGCACAGUGCCCACACCAUUCUGUUUGUGGGAAUAAAUCAGACUCUGGUUUAUAGUUUUUUCUUCUUCUUUUUUUGAGGUACAAUUAAAAAGAGUUGAAUGACACAUUUCAGCAGUUACCAGAGAAACAGGCAUCUCUUCAGAAGCAACAUCUGUAAUGGCUUAACUAUAGCUUGACUGUCAGCUUGGUGCAGGGGAAGAACACUAUAGUAAUCAUCAAAGACAUAAAACUGGCUUUUAAUGGUUUUCAGUUAAUAUACAGUAUGUGAUUAAUAUAUUCAGCAAUGGAUUAGCCUUUAGAGGCCUUAAAUUUUACCUAUGUAAAUAUUCGGCAAGUAAAGGUGCUUAGGAAGAAAAAUGCUAACUGAUUCAUAUGUAAGUAGCAUUUUACUGUUGUAGAUUAAAGUGGUGCUUAGGUAGGUCUUGGUUUGACAGAUGAUAAUUUACA